AUGUUCGACAGUUGCAUCGUGGACACUGCGGGGCGCGCUGCGGACGACGUCGACCAGGUGGAGAGACGGGCAGCCAGGAACCUGGAGGUCAGCAGCGCCGCCAUCUCCGCGCACAUCGCGGCCCUCUCGGAGCGGCUCCUCAGGCUGGAGACGCACCGUCCGAGGCUGUCGUGCCCAUUGGCAGGGUGCCCGCCGCGCCUGUGCCGGCUCCCGCAACGGGGGGCGACCGCCCGGAGCUGGAGGACAAGCGCGUGGAGACCUUGGGAGCGAGGGUGGACCCUGACGGCCUGCAGCAAGGCUACGCCGAGUUCAUCGCCACCACCGAGAAAAAUCUGA